CAGCGCGCCGGGGAGCGGGAGGUCGCCGGAGGGGCACCGCGGCGCCGGGCGAGCGGAGCAAAGGGCCUCUCUGCUGGUCCUCGCUGACCAUGAACAAAAUGAAGAACUUCAAGCGCCGCUUCUCGCUGUCCGUGCCCCGCACGGAGACCAUCGAGGAGGCUGAGCUCAGCGAGCAGUUCAACCAGCUCCACACCCGGAGGAAUGAGGACCUGCAGCUCAGUCCCCUUGGCAGAGAUGCCCCACCGGAGCCCAGUGAAGACAGCUGUGGGGAGCCCGGGCAGCUGUCACCUGGCCUGCUCUACUCCCGGCGACAGAACCAGCGGCGUUUCUCCAUGGAGGACAUCAGCAAGAGGCUCUCUCUGCCCAUGGAUAUCCGACUGCCCCAGGAAUUCCUGCAGAAGCUACAGCUGGAAAACCCAGACCUGCCCAAGCCGGUCAGCCGCAUGUCCCGCCGUGCCUCCCUGUCUGAUAUCGGCUUUGGAAAACUGGAGACGUACGUGAAACUGGACAAACUCGGGGAGGGCACCUACGCCACGGUCUUCAAGGGGCGCAGCAAGCUGACAGAGAACCUGGUGGCCCUGAAGGAGAUCCGGCUGGAGCACGAGGAAGGGGCGCCCUGCACUGCCAUCCGAGAGGUGUCUCUACUGAAGAAUCUGAAGCACGCCAAUAUUGUGACCCUACAUGACCUCAUCCACACAGACCGCUCCCUCACCCUGGUGUUUGAGUACCUGGACAGUGACCUCAAGCAGUAUUUGGACCACUGUGGAAAGCUCAUGAGCAUGCACAAUGUUAAGAUCUUCAUGUUCCAGCUUCUCCGAGGCCUGGCUUACUGCCACCGCCGCAAGAUCCUGCACCGGGACCUGAAGCCCCAGAACCUGCUCAUCAACGAGAGGGGCGAGCUGAAGCUAGCUGACUUUGGACUGGCCCGGGCCAAGUCAGUGCCCACGAAGACCUACUCCAAUGAGGUGGUGACCCUGUGGUACAGGCCCCCCGAUGUGCUGCUGGGAUCCACAGAGUACUCCACCCCCAUUGAUAUGUGGGGCGUGGGCUGCAUCCACUACGAGAUGGCCACAGGGAGGCCCCUGUUCCCCGGGUCCACGGUCAAGGAGGAGCUGCACCUCAUCUUCCGCCUCCUGGGGACCCCUACAGAAGAGACGUGGCCCGGUGUGACUGCCCUGUCCGAGUUCCGAACCUACAACUUCCCCCCUUACCUGCCGCAGCCGCUGCUUAGCCACGCCCCCAGGUUGGAUACAGAUGGCAUUAACCUCCUGACCAGCCUCCUCCUGUAUGAAUCGAAGAGUCGCAUGUCAGCAGAGGCAGCCCUGAGUCACCCCUACUUCCGGUCUCUGGGAGAACGAGUGUACCAGCUUGAAGACACUGCCUCCAUCUUCUCCCUGAAAGAGAUCCAGCUUCAGAAGGACCCAGGUGUCCGUGGCUUAGCCUUCCAGCAGCCAGGACGAGGAAAGAGCCGGCGGCAAAGCAUCUUCUGAGCAUGUAUGCCCACCAUGCUGUGACAGCUCAAGGGACCAGGGUUGACAUGGAACACGACUCUGGGUAGGACGGGGCCUGUGCAGACAUCAGAGGACUGAGGAACGAGGGCCGGCGGCCAGCCUGAGGACCGGUCACUUGGCAGCUCUGCUCGGCGCAUCUGUUUCCUCUCCCUGCUUCCCACACCCCUCCCUGUGGCCUUCUGCCCAGACACCAACCCCUCUGUCACCCACUGUGCAACUGGUUAUGGGCGGCUUCCCUGAGAGGAGGUGAGGGGGCAAGGAGGGACCUUGAGCCCUCUCCCAGCCCAGAGUGCUUGGUUGCCAGCACAGAGUUAUGCUGGAGAGGAGAAAGCAGGCACCAGGCUGAAUGCCAGGCCCUGAAUAUGGGCUCUGCUCGGCUUCCCCCAGGGCCUGCCUGCCUGCCUGCCUCCGUGGCUUGCCAGGCUUUUGACUCAUGGAGCCUACGUGCAUUUCACAUGCUUCCCCUCUGAGAGCAAGAAGGAGUGUGACACUUGCCUGGGGCCCUGGAAUUGUGGAUGUUCAGGGGUGUGCCAAAGGCCACGCCCAACCUGGUGUCCUAAAACACCACCCUCACCCUGCCGUCAGCCCCCUCCCUACUCGAGGCCCCUUGUGCCCCUGGGGUUGGACCAAGGCUGAGCAGCACCAAAGUGCCCCAUGCCCACCUGGCACUGCCAGCUGCACUCCUGCCACCUCGGCCAGCCCCCGCCCAUCUCCCAGUCUGGAUGGAGUUGCCUUAAAUUGGCAGGUGGUAGAAUGUGCCCCACCCUUGGAGCUCUGCCCUAGCUCCUACCUGUGCUCCCCUUCUUAGAGCUCUCCUGUGGACCUUAUCGCCCCUGAUGGCUGAUAAGUCUGCCCUGGCUCCGACAUGCAGGGUCACCCUGACAUUUGUGCCAGGCCCUCCUCAGUCCCUUUCUAGCCCUGUGGUCCUGACCACCUGACCCUCUACAGAGAGUGGCCAUGAAAGGGAGGACAUAGGCAGCACUGUGUGAGCUAGGGGAGAACAAAUAGGAGCAGGCUUCACCCCCAAGGGCCCCACUCCGGGGGCCAAUGGGGAGCCCCGAGGGAAGACACCCCACUCAGCACUCUAAGUCCCAAGGUCUCCUCAACACUUGGUGGAGCUAGAAGGGUGAAGGCUGAGGGGAGGCCAGGCCCUGACUUAGCCACAAGCUUCCCUCCCCCACCCCAACAGCAACCCUGGAGAGUCUGGGCUUCACUCUCCCCCCCCCCCCCCCAGCCCGCCACACCUCCCCCCUGUACUGUGAAUGUCCUAUGACUCAGUGCAAAGACAGAUAAUAUAUUUAAUUCAUGUUGUACAGA